AAAAAAACGUGUAACAGCUUGGAGAUUAUUUAAAUAGCAAAAUGCUGUUAAGCCAAUUUUUAUACACAGGAAAGGUCGUUGGAGAAGAGCUAGAAAAUAACCGCUGCUAUGCAUUACCGUCAACAGCAGAGGCUCGGAUUUGCGAGAUUUCCUCCUCGCCGGGUUGCGAAUUAAACUUUUCCAGUUUUUGGAAAUCUUCGUACGGCUAUCAUAUACCUAACAAUAUAAAUGUCUUCAUCAAAGUCGUCUUCCCUGGAUUCCAAGACAGGGAACCCUACGUGUACCCAGCUUGUUGCAUACUUCAGGAGGCGCCAAUCCCUUUACCGCGUGGAAGAAGCCACGAGCACGUGUGUAAAAAUUUUUUAAAAUCCAUUGAAAAUUGGGAGCUACUGGGGCAAAAAAUUUCUCUACAAAGAGUGGAACAUAAACCAAUUGGGUUUGAAAGAAUUUUUAAUGACUACCGCAGGAAGAAGUUGGGAUAA